UGGUCAAAAAGUGAAUAGCGACAACUUUCUGAAGAAUGUAAGAUGGAUAAAUAUAGUCAUUACUGAACUUGUAUUUUAACUUUUUUUUUCUCCAUCCUCUACUUCUGUUAUGAAAAUAUUACUAAAUGCCACGUUGCUGUAUCGCAUUAGGCACUAAGCAGGGUUAUACAUGAUGGUGAGGUAGCGGUCUCAUUUGUAUGGGUUUUCAUGAAUACCUCAAUAUGGGUACUGCAUCGUCCCUGGUGAACCCAGGAGAAGUGAUUGAAGAUACAUAUGGUGGAGGGGAAGCUUGUGAGAUACCUGUAGAAGUGAAACCAAAAGCUCGCCUUCUCCGUAGCUCAUUCAGGCGAGGCCCAAGGGUCAUCGGAGCCAGCUUUAAAUCCACGGCUUCAGUGGACCUUGAAUAUGCUGCUGAAUAUGAAAGGUUGAAGAAAGAGUAUGAAAUAUUUCGGGUUAGCAAGAACAAUGAGAUUGCCUCGAUGCAGAAGAAAGAGAUUAAAAUAGAUGAAGAGAACAAGAGGUUGAGAGCAGAGUUACAGGCUCUUCAAAAAACCUAUCAGAAAAUAUUACGAGAGAAGGAGAGUGCAGUUGAAGCUAAAUACCAAGCUAUGGAGAGGGCAGCUGCUUUUGAGCAUGAUCGAGAUAAAGUGAAGAGACAGUUUAAGAUCUUUAGAGAAACAAAAGAAAAAGAGAUCCAGGACUUGCUGAGAGCAAAAAGGGAUCUUGAGGCUAAACUUCAGAGGUUACAGGCUCAGGGUAUCCAUGUGUUUGAUCCCGGAGAGUCAGAUUCAGAUGACAACGGAACAGAAGUGACUGUUCCUGGAACACAAUGUGAUUACUGGACCGGUGGCGUAUUGGGGAGUGAACCUUCUAUGGGUAGUAUGAUGCAGCUUCAACAGUCAUUCCGAGGCCCAGAGUUUGCUCAUAGUUCAAUUGAUGUUGAAGGACCAUUUGCAAAUGUGAACAGAGAUGACUGGGAUGCAGCUGUUGCCAGCCUUCUGCAGGUCACUCCUCUCUUUUCCCAGUCCCUGUGGAGUAACACUGUACGAUGUUACCUGAUAAACACAAAGGAUGCCCAAGCUGAGGUGGACAUCUUCUUAAGGGAUUUCUGCCUGAAACUUCAGAGAAUGUGUGAGGCUUUAGGGUAUUUCUUUCAAGUAGUUAUUUUCCCUGAAGAAUCUGAAAGCCAUUACGCUGCUAUAAGGAAGUGGGAAAUUGAGAAGAGCUCGUUGGUUAUUUUGUUUAUGUGUUCUUCCUUGCCCAGCUGCCUGUGGGAGGACUGUAAUGAAGCAUUCCUGAAGAAUACUGAGGCCAAACCGCGCAUUGUUUAUCGUAAGGCGGAGGAUGGCACAAGCUGCUCAGCGUUCUUGCAGCAGCUACUAGACCAAGACCCCAAUAAGACCAGCAGGACAAAGAUCAUUGACCACUGUGCAGAUCCGGAGGAAGGCGCAUAUGAAACAUUCUGUCAAGUGGAACAAGUCAUUAAGCAGGAUUUGUUGGGUUGUGAGGUCUCUGACCCUAAUGCUAAAGGUGAGCAGGCAGUUCAGGAAGAUGAUGAUUUUGGAGACCUCCUGUGGGAUGUUCAUGAUGAACAGGAACAGAUGGAAGCUUUCCAGCGAGCGUCUCAUUCUGUAUGUGAGCUGGGGUUUGAGAAAUAUUAUGAUCGCUUAAAUGAUUUAGUGGCUGCGCCUGCCCCUAUCCCACCCCUCCUUAUUUCUGGGGGCCCAGGCUCUGGAAAAUCACUUCUAUUAUCAAAAUGGAUUCAGCUUCAGCAGAAGCACUCCCCAAACACUCUGAUACUAUACCAUUUUGUUGGGAGACCCAUGUCAACAAGCGCAGAGCCUGCGCUGAUAAUAAAACGCCUAACGCUGAAGCUAAUGCAAUAUUCCUGGUCAGUAUCAUCCUUGUCUAUGGAUCCAGGAAAGUUCUUGGAAGAAUUUCCUCACUGGCUUGAAAAACUUUCAAUUCGUUACCAAGGGAACAUCAUCAUCAUUAUUGAUUCUAUUGAUCAGAUAGAGCAUGCUGAAAAACACAUGAAAUGGCUAAUUGAUCCCUUACCCGUAAACGUUCGUGUAAUUGUGUCUGUGAAUGUGGAGACCUGUCCUCAGGCAUGGAGAUUAUGGCCAACACUUCACUUGGAUCCACUGAAUGCAAAGGAUGUUAAAUCUUUAAUCGCUACAGAAUGUAAUGGAGUCAAUAUCACACUGACGAAGGAACAAGAAAGAAAGUUGGAAAGACACUGUCGUUCUGCCACAACAUGUAAUGCCUUAUAUGUAACUCUGCUUGCUAAAAUAAUUGUCUGGACUGGUAUAGCAGGAGGUACGGAUAGUGCUCUGCAGCUUUGUCUGCAGUGCCAGGAUACCGUGACAUUGUACAGACUGGCGCUACAUUUAGUACAAGACUUUAUGCCGAGUGCUAAAGAUAAGGACUACAUGAGGGAGAUUUUAUGUCUAAUCAGUGUUAGCCACAAUGGAGUUAGUGAAUGUGAGCUGAUAGAACUUAUUCCUGGGCUGACAUGGCCAAUCCUAACCUCCCUGGUUUACCAUCUGCACAGGCUGGUGUUACUAAAAUACAGCUGUGGUCUGCUCCAGUUUGACCACCUACAGGCCUGGGAAGCUGUCCGCCUGGAGUACAUGCAAGGAGGGCAGAAUAUUAUUUCAGAAUACAGAGAGAAAAUCAUAGAGCAUUUUACCAUGCAGUUAAGUAAUGACAGGGUCACAUGGCGGAGUGCAGAUGAACUGACCUGGCUUUUCCAGCAGCAAGGAGAGAAGCAGAAGUUACACAGAUGUCUGAUGAACCUCUUUGUUUCUCAGAACCUAUACAAAAGGGGACAUUUUGCCGAGUUGCUCAGUUACUGGCAACUUGUGGGGAAAGACAAAAUCUCUAUGUCGACUGAAUACUUUGAUGCACUCAAACAGUAUGAAAAGAGCUGUGAUGGGGAAGAGGGCAUGACUAAUCUGGCAGACCUCUACGAAACCCUUGGGCGCUUUCUUAAAGACUUGGGCCUUCUUAGUCAGGCCGUGACUCCUCUUCAGCGCUCACUAGAGAUUCGAGAGACAGCCUUAGACCCUGACCACCCAAGUGUGGCGCAGUCACUGCACCAGUUGGCAGGGGUUUACAUGCAAUCCAAGAAGUUUGGCAAUGCAGAGCAGCUGUACAAACAAGCACUGGAAAUCAGUGAAAAUGCUUAUGGCGGAGAGCACCUAAGGGUGGCCCGAGAACUUGAUGCUUUGGCAAUCCUGUAUCAGAAGCAAAACAAGUAUGAGCAAGCAGAACAGUUGAGGAAACGGUCAUUAAAAAUUCGUCAGAAAGCAGCAAAACGUAAAGGCAGCAUGUAUGGAUUUGCUCUAUUGCGCCGUCGAGCUCUGCAGCUGGAAGAACUCACAAUGGGUAAAGACACAGCUGACAAUGCUAGAACACUGAAUGAACUUGGAGUUCUUUACUAUUUGCAGAAUAACUUGGAAACGGCAGAAUUGUUUUUUAAACGUUCUUUGGAAAUGAGGGAGAGAGUCCAGGGACCAGACCAUCCAGAUUGUGCCCAGUCCUUAAACAAUCUGGCAGCAUUGCAUAAUGAGAAGAAGCAGUAUGAUAAGGCUGAGGAGCUGUAUGAGAGAGCGCUGGAUAUACGUAGAAGAGCACUGUCACCUGACCAUCCCUCCCUGGCUUACACUGUCAAACAUCUUGCAGUGCUCUACAAGAGAAAAGGCAAGUUUGAUAAGGCUGUUCAUCUUUAUGAACUGGCUGUGGAAAUCCGUCAGAAGUCAUUUGGCCCAAAACACCCAAGUGUUGCUACUGCGUUGGUGAAUCUUGCUGUUUUAUACUGUCAGAUGAAAAAACAAAAUGAAGCAUUACCGCUGUAUGAGCGAGCAAUGAAGAUUUAUGAAGAUAGUUUGGGUCACAUGCAUCCAAGAGUCGGAGAAACACUAAAAAAUGUAGCUGUAUUAAGGUACGAAGAGGGCGAUUAUGAAAAAGCAGCUGAGUUAUAUAAAAGAGCAAUGGAAAUCAAAGAAGCGGAAACGUCUGUCUUGGGAGCAAAAGCUCCUUCAGGUCAUUCUUCUAGUGGAGGAGAUACCUACAGUCUUAGGAACACGUUACCCGUUGGUGCAUUCCCUGAGUAAAACCUCUGAUACCAAUUCUGCAUUAGCAGGAGACACUCAGCAGGUGUGCAGAUUUCUACAUUUAGUCUAGCAGAGUCUUUUGUCCCUGUGAAAAAAAAAAUCUAAUCCAAACCCAUUUUGACCCUUUUCUAUACAAGUAAUAAGACAGACAACAUUAUAAGGCAAAGUUCAUUUAAAGUCUGCCUUUAAUUCUCAUGAGACAUCAUUUUGUGGUUUUUAUUUAAAAUUGGCCUAUGCAAUAUCACUCUUUAAAGCAACACUAUAGCACAACUGUAGUUUAAGUCCACGCUGGAGAUUGGCACCGCUAUGCACAGCUCAGGAGUGGACGUGCUUUGAUGUGGAGCAGACAUUAACCAUUUGUUUCAAGGUGUUAAACUCAUAAAAGCAUGCAGUAGUGCAAUCAUAAAAUGCGCUAGCACAUUACAGCAUUUUACAAUUACACUAUUAUGUCCUUUUAAAUGUGUUUAAAAUAUUUUUUGCAUGAAAAAAGAUUAAGUUAAAAAAAAAUUUGAUUUUGAAAUUAACUUAAAGGGACACUGAACAUUAAUUUUUUUCUUUCGUGAUUCAGAUAGAGCAUGUAAUUUUAAGCAACUUUCUAAUUUACUCCUAUUAUCAAUUUUUCUUCAUUCUCUUGCUAUCUUUAUUUGAAAAAGAAGUAAUCUGAGCUUUUUUUGGUUCAGUACUCUGGACAGCACUUUUUUUAUUGGUGGAUGAAUUUAUCCACCAAUCAGCAAUAACAACCAAGGUUGUUCAUCAAAAAUGGGCCUGCAUCUAAACUUACAUUCUUGCUUUUCAAAUAAGGAUACCAAGAUAAUUAAGAAAAUUUUAUAAUAGAAGUAAAUUAGAAAGUUGCUUAAAAGGUCAUGCUCUAUUUGAAUCACGAAAGAAAUACAUACACAUCACGCAUGCGUAAAACAAAAUGCAAUUUUAAAAUGCCCUUUUUUAUUUGUAAUAAUGGAAAAAGAAAAUGGAGAUUGUUUUCAUUUGUAAAUCAAGCUGCAUGAGAAAUACUUUGUUUGUCCUGUCCUUUUCAUAUUUUGCUAGGUACUUUGAAAUUUCAUAUAGAAUGGGGUACAUUCCUUGUUUAGAGUAGACAAAGAUAAGACUGUACGGUUAGACGUGCUGAAGAAUGAAUAUAGAUAUAUUUGAAUCAUUAUGUAUAUUUAUGUACACCUCUUAUACAGCCAAUUUGUUUAAAGUCAUUAUGUAUGCAGCAUACUGUAUGACUUUAUUUGUAUAGCCACACAAGUUGCACAAUUAUAUAUAUUUUUAUUACCAGUCUUUUGUUUUGUAUAUUUAUUUGUAUAUUAAAUGGACCAAAGAUGUGUUUUCUAUAUUUUAUAAACAAUUUUUAAGAAUGCAUUAAAUUGAUUUUCCCAAUUGAA